UUUUUUAUAAUUAUUCUUUAAGGUUUUUUAUUAUUUACAUUUUAUUUAAGUUUAUUUAAUUUAUUAAAUAAUUAUAAAUAACUUUAACUAUAAAAAAAAACACAUAAAUGAAGGGUAGAAGUGUCUUCAAAAAAAAAUUGACCAAAAAUAAGUCUAGGGUACCAUUUUAGUAUAAACAACAAAACAGAGAGUACCAUUUUGGUAUUUAUGAAAAAUAACAGUCAAUUUUGAUAUUUUGCAUUAACUCAAAGGAUCAAAAUAGUAUAUUCUUUUUUUUCCCAAAGGCAAAAAAAAAAAAUUGUCACUUUCCCCAAAGGAAUAAUGAGACAAGAGCUAUUGACAUAACUGUUCAAAUUAUUAUUAUGUUUAUGAAAGGCCAUUAUUAUUAUUUAUUAUUUUUAAUGAAACUGAAAGCUAGGAUUAUUCUUUCAAAUAAAAAAAACAUUGGGUUGUGUAAGUAAGCAUCUUUGAAUCAUUAUAUUUAUUUGUAAUCUAACUUGACCACAUAUAUUCCCUUCACUCAAAACUCAUCACAAAUACUUCCAUUCCAUACCAUACAAUACAUUAAGAAAUAAUCUUAUUCCAAAUGGCUUCACCAAACUAGAAAAUUGCUCACCUCAGGACCAUGCUUGAACUUUUCUCAACAAAAAAACAACCAAAGCCGGCUAUGUAAUAUAACUUUCUGUUGAUAUGUGUUUUGUAAAUACUAUUCAACUGAAUAAAGUUGGAUUGGAUUAAGCCGGCUAGGAUCUUUUUUAUGCUAUAAAAACUUUGAUUGAAUUACACAUUUACUAUAAGAUAAGGCAUCAUCCUAAUCAUAUCAAACCAUCAUUCUCUGAUUUGGUUUGUGAUAAUGGGGUUUCACAAAACCAUUCUUACACUUAUUUUAUUUUUCAUAAGAUUUUCAUUGUUGGUUGGAGCUAGUGCAAGCACUAAGCAUUACAUUGUCUAUGUGGGGCAUCACUCCCACCCCAACUCAGAAGCUGUUGUUAGAGCAAACCAUGAGAUUCUUGCUUCAAUUGUUGGAAGUAUUGAGGAAGCACAAACUGCAGCAGUUCACCAUUACAGUAAGAGCUUCCAAGGCUUCUCAGCCAAGCUUACACCUGAGCAGGCUCAACAACUUGCAGAAAAUGAGGCUGUGGUUUCUGUUUUUGAGAGCAAGAUGAAGAAGUUGGAUACAACACAUUCAUGGGAUUUCCUUGCUAUAGACUCUGUCUACCAAUAUAACCAACUAUCAAUGGACUCGAAAUCAAAUGUCAUUGUUGGUGUUGUUGACAGCGGAGUUUGGCCAGAGUCAAAGAGCUUCAGUGAUGAGGGAUUAGGCCCUGUCCCCAAGAAAUUCAAGGGAGAGUGUGUUACUGGUGAGAAUUUUACACUGGCCAACUGCAACAGGAAAAUAAUAGGAGCCAGGUUCUAUUAUAAGGGAUUUGAAGCAGAAAAUGGUCCUCUUGAAUCCUUUGGCGAGCCCUUCUUUCGAUCAGCUCGAGACGGUGAUGGUCACGGAUCUCACACAGCCUCAACAAUAGCAGGAUCAGUGGUAGACAAUGUCAGCUUAUUUGGACUAGCAAAAGGCACUGCAAGAGGUGGCGCUCCAAGCGCCAGGCUUGCUAUCUACAAGGCAUGCUGGUUUAAUUUAUGUAGUGAUGCAGAUAUUCUUGCUGCUAUGGAUGAUGUAAUUCAUGAUGGCGUGGAUGUAGUCUCCCUUUCGCUUGGCCCUGAUCCUCCUCAGCCUAUUUAUUUUGAAGAUUCCCUCUCUGUUGGAACUUUCCAUGCAUUCCAGAAAGGAAUUUUUGUUUCUGCUUCUGCUGGAAAUUCCGGUCUCCCUAACACUGCUGGCAAUGUUGCUCCUUGGAUCCUCACUGUUGCUGCAAGCACCGUGGAUAGGGAGUUCCCUACUAAUGUAUAUCUAGGAAAUUCAAGAGUUCUAAAGGGUUUCUCUCUAAACCCACUAAAGAUGGACGGCUAUUUCAGCUUAAUUGCUGGGAGUGCUGCAGCUGCCAGAGGUGUCCCAAGUGAGAACGCCAGCUUUUGCAAGAACAAUACUCUAGACAGCUCCUUAAUUAAGGGGAAAAUUGUGGUGUGCACUCUUGAGGCCGUUUCCGAUAUCAGAAGAGAGAAAGGCAUGUUUGUACAACAGGGUGGUGGAGUUGGAAUGAUCCUUAUAGAUCCUGUGCUCACAAAUGUUGGAUUUCAGUUUAUCAUCCCUGGCACUCUGAUUGGUCAAGAAGCAGCAGCAGAGCUUCAAGAAUAUAUUAAAACAGCAAAGAAUCCAACAGCUCGAAUCGCUAGAACCAGAACAGUUCUACACACCAAACCAGCACCAGAAGUGGCAGCCUUCUCUUCUGCAGGACCAAAUAUUAUAAGUCCAGACAUUAUCAAACCCGAUAUUACAGGACCAGGAGUGAACAUUUUGGCAGCAUGGUCUCCAGUUGCAGUUGAAGCUACAGGUGGAAGGUCUGUUGAUUUCAACAUAAUCUCUGGCACAUCCAUGUCUUGCCCACAUGCAUCCGCAAUCGCAGCCAUUAUAAAAUCAUACCGCCCUUCAUGGAGUCCGGCAGCCAUAAAAUCUGCAAUGAUGACAACAGCAACUGUCCUAGAUAACACCAAAGGCCUCAUUGGAAGAGAUCCAAAUGGCACACAAGCCACGCCUUUCGACCAUGGAUCUGGACACGUAAACCCAGUUGCAGCUAUAGAUCCUGGACUUAUAUAUGAUUUUAAUUCUCGCGACAUUAUAAGUUUUCUAUGUAGCACUGGUGCAAGCCCUUCACAACUGAAAAACCUCACAGGGGAUGUAGUCUAUUGCCAGAAUCCUCCAAUACCUUCCUACAACUUUAACUAUCCUUCCAUUGGUGUGUCCAGUCUCAAUGGAAGUUUAUCUCUUUACAGAACCGUUACUUAUUACGGAAGUGGCCCAACUGUCUAUGUUGCUUGUGUGGAUUCCCCAAUGGGUGUUAAUGUGGCAGUUUACCCAGCUAAACUGAAGUUUACAAACACUUGGGAAAAGAAGACCUUCAGGGUUGAUCUUGCCCCCAUUAUGAGCAGCAAUGGAAGCUUUGUGUUUGGAGCUUUGACAUGGAGUAAUGGCAUUCAUAGUGUUAGGAGUCCAAUUGCCCUCAACGUAGUUUGAUCAUAUGAGAACAAGUGCUUCACAGCAGUUUCAGAUAUUAAUUUAUAGAGCAUGAGCUUGAUAAUUUGGUUUUGUAUCAAAAUGGCAACUGGGCAGAAAUAAAAACAAUUACAGAUAUCUUUAUAUGUUUAAAUCAUUGAGCACUGUCCUGAAAUUUAAUUGCAGUUAGAUAUCUUUUGAUCAUCAUG